AUGGUGAUAUUCCUAGAGUACCUUCUGAAGACUGAGAAAUCCCACAAUCUCCUGAAGCAGAUGGUGAAUGUGCUAAAGCCUCUUGAGCUAAAGAAGGGACUAUACCCUCUUGGGAAGAUGUGGACAUUUCUGGAGACUCUUGGGCAGAUGAUGGUGUUUCCCUGGCACUUUUGGUGGAUGACGAUGUUCCUAGAGUACCUUCUGAAGAUUGGGAAAGUCCACAAUAUGCUGAAGCACUUGAUGAAUAUGCUAAAGUCUCUUGGGCUAAAGAAAGGCCAAGAUUCUCUUGGGAAGAUGUGGAAGUUUCUGGAGACCCUUGAUCAGGAUUUGAAUGUCCUAUAUACUCUUGUGCUGCUAUGGUUAUUUCUCAGAAAUCAAGCAAAGGGAUGGUAUGACUACAAGCAACUUCCACGAAAACAAGCGCCUCCUUGGAACCAUCCCAGUGAUGGUAACCGCCCUUAUGGCUACCGAUGGUCAAGAGAUGAGUAUGCCACAAGCCGACAGCCUCAGUACAGGGUCAUGAGAAACGGCUUUAGAAGAAGACGUCUGUAUUCUUCCCAUUAUUCAAGACAAUGAUCUCCCCAUAAAUGGGGCGCUCCUUUUUUGAGAGAAUCACGUGUGGGCGGGAAGGACUCCCUACCCAGCAGAUUUGGCUCCAGUCUCAGCAGUAGAAGCAGGAUGCGCUCCUUCCAUCAGUCUCGACAUCGAUGUAAAGAGAGAGCCAUCCAGUUUUUGAAAACAUCAAGAGAUACUGUGCCUUCAGGUUCUUCAUCCAAGGUGUUAAAAAGCCCCAGCCGGCUGACUGAGAAGGAACAGGCUGAUGCUGCAAGCAAGUGGGCUAAUGAAAAUCCCAAGAAGUCAGAAGAAAAUCACUUGGCUGAAAUGUCCGAGUUUGAGACGGGAUCCAAGGCUCCGUUAUGUAUCAACCAGACAGAAGAACCCGAGUCCAACACAACAGCUGGCACAGAAUUGUGUGAAGACAGCCAGCUUAGCAGUCGCUCAAAAGUGAUUGCAUCAAAAAUCACGGAGAUUGAGAAGGUUUACCGACAAGUCUGUGAAACUUUCGGGAUGGUGGUGGAAAGGCUGGUUGAAAAGGAUCGUUCCUUAGAAAAAUCUAUACAGUUUGCAAUGAAGCAGAGUUUGCAUGAAAUAGGUGAGCAACAUGUUGAAGAACUCAAGCAUUUCAUGAUGGAGUAUGAUAAUUCUACUCCAGAUUUAGGAGGCCCUUUUUGA